GAGGGAGGGAGGGAGGGAGGGAGGGAGGGAGGAAGGGGACCCAAAGCCUUCCUACGGGGGGCCCUGAGACCAGCCUCUCCAGAGCGGGCCUCCUGGCUUCUGAGCUGCCAGGUCGCUUAGGCCGAAUUCGCCUGUUACUGAUGCUGCCUCGUAGGGGUUUUAUUUUAUUUCAUUUUUGCAGCUCGGGUUAGGGGAGUGCGAGUAGCAGAACUCAGCAUUCGGGCCUCGGAGGAGGUCGGAGCAGGGGCUGGGGUGCCAGCCCUGCCAAGGGGGAAAGGGGAUGGUGGACCGCACGGGCUAACCCGGCCCCCAAACCCUGGGUCGGGCUGGCCGGCUGCUCCGCCGUAGGAGGCUCGCCGGAGGCUCAGCGGUCCAUGGGGGAGCUGCCCGACACCCUGCGAUCCGGUGAGGCGGAUCCCGGCCCCCCACAGGCUGUGUCCUGGCGUGGCCUGGCCCUGCCCCGCGCGCCGGGCAGGGCCAGGCGGCUCCGUCUGGGAAGGCGGCCGCGUUGAAUUUGACUUUCGGAUCCGCCGGGUACAGUCGCCUCUCCGGGGACCGCGGGGGGACUAUUUACGGGGAGCCCGCCGACCCAACACCACGGUCUAAUUUACCCUUCCCGGGUCCUCGUAAAUUUUUACAACUGGGAGCCGCGGCGAGGUAAACGGAUCCGCGGGUUGUUCCCAACUUCCCCCCGGCCCGCGUGGCUCCCGACACAAUAACUCCUCCCGCAAUAUAAAUACAGAUUUAAAUACAGUGGAGCGAGAAUGCGAUUUGGCUGCCUUCUUUACGGCUCCCAUUAUUGUCUAAUUUUAUGUGAGGGGCUCCGCCGACCCCGCGCCUCGCCGAUGGCGUGAUUAAUUGUGAUAUAAAAUAGUCCGUGUGCCUGGCGGUGGCGGUGGCGGUGCGGAGGGCGGGAGGGGGGCUGUCCGGAGGCCAGGCCAGAUUUGAUCUUUUAAUCUUCGUUGGCCACAAUUAAAACAAACCCGAUCGCGGAGCGCCGCGGCGGAUCCCUUUGCAUAAAAAACAUAUGGCUCUCGCCAUAAAAAAUUAUGACGGCAGCGCCGCGGCCGGGCGGCGUGCGGAGUGAUUUACGCGUUAUUGUUCUGCCCGCGGCCACGUGACGCGCGCGGCCAAUGGGGGCGCGGCCGCCGCGCUUAUUAGGUGGCGGGGCGCCCCUCCCCGCGCCGCCAAGUUGUUGCAUGGACCCCGCACUUUCCUAAUUUCCGCGGGCCGGGCGGCCGGGCGGGCGGCGAUGGCCACCACGGGCGCCCUGGGCAGCUACUACGUGGACUCCUUCCUGCUGGGCGCCGCCGCCGACGCCCCGGACGAGCUGGGCGCCGCGGGCCGCUACGCCGCGGGGGCCCUGGGCCAGCCCCCCCGGCCGGCGGCCGCCCUGGCCGAGCACCCCGACUUCAGCCCCUGCAGCUUCCAGCCCAAGGCGGCGGUGUUCGGGGCCUCCUGGAACCCGGUGCACGCCGCCGCGGGCGCCCCCGCCGUGCCCCCGGUGCCCGCCGUCUACCACCACCACCACCACCACCACCACCCCUAUGGGCACCCCCAGGCGCCCGUGGCAGCGGCGGCGGCGCCGGAUGGCAGGUACAUGCGCUCCUGGCUGGAGCCCACGCCCGGCGCGCUCUCCUUCGCGGGCUUGCCCUCCAGCCGGCCUUACGGCGUUAAACCUGAACCGCCGCCGCAGGCCAGGAGGGCUGACUGUCCCACGCUUGACACGCACACUCUGUCCCUCACUGACUAUGCUUGUGGUUCUCCUCCAGUUGAUAGAGAAAAACAGCCCUGUGGCGGCGAAGGCGCCUUCUCCGAAAGCAAUGCCGAGAGUGAGAGCGGCGGAGACAAGCCCCCCAUCGACCCCAGCAACCCGGCUGCCAACUGGCUCCAUGCGCGCUCCACGCGGAAGAAGCGCUGCCCCUACACCAAGCACCAGACGCUGGAGCUGGAGAAGGAGUUUCUGUUCAACAUGUACCUCACCAGGGACCGCAGGUACGAGGUGGCCCGGCUGCUCAACUUGACUGAAAGGCAGGUCAAGAUCUGGUUCCAGAACCGCAGGAUGAAAAUGAAGAAGAUCAACAAGGACCGAGCAAAAGACGAGUGAUGCCACUUUGAGUUCAUUUUGAAAACAGAUGGAGCGAGAGGGCAAGAGAAAGGACUGCCUGUCCCCUUCUCUCCUGCCCCCCCCCCCAAGCCUCCAGCACCCGCACAAAGCGGCCAAACUCCAGCCCUCCUCUCCCGGGCAAACCUUUCUCAGGCUGGCUCCUUGGCCUGCCGCUUUCCUGGAGGAGGCAUUGUAAGCUUCCGGUUUUCUGUUAAGACAAA